GCCAAAAAUCCCCACACGCUAUAAUAUUAGAAGUUGGUGUUGUAGGCGCAAGGAUCAGUUUCGCCUUUUCUUACGCAGAUUUGUCCUAGUCCUAGUGAAGCUUUUGGCAUAAAAAAGAUUGUCCUUUUGUUUUCCCUGAAAAUUUUUCCUGAGAAAAUAAAUAUUACCAGAUUUGUACUGAGAAAAUAAUCACCCAUGAAUGAGGCCAUUGCACUCACUCAGUCAAUCUUCUUUCACCGCUUUAUACAGGGCUUCAGUCAACCAUUGUUUGGCGAUCAAAUCAGGAACAACUGCAAGCAUAUACACUGCCAACAAUAUCAUAAGUGGAUACGCAAAAUGUGGAGAGAUACGUAUUGCUAGCAAGAUGUUCGGUGAAACGUCGCAACGGGAUGCUGUGUCUUGGAAUACAAUGAUUGCAGGGUUUGUGAAUUUGGGGAACUUUGAGACUGCACUGGAGUUUCUAAAAUCCAUGAAAAGAUAUGGGUUUGCGGUUGAUGGGUAUAGUUUUGGAAGUAUACUUAAGGGUGUUGCUUGUGUUGGAUAUGUUGAGGUUGGGCAGCAAGUGCAUUCCAUGAUGGUUAAGAUGGGUUACGAGGGGAAUGUGUUUGCAGGUAGCGCACUCUUAGACAUGUAUGCGAAAUGUGAGAGAGUUGAGGAUGCAUUUGAGGUGUUUAAGUCUAUAAAUAUUCGUAAUUCUGUUACCUGGAAUGCUUUGAUUAGUGGGUAUGCUCAAGUGGGUGAUCGGGGGACUGCAUUUUGGCUAUUGGAUUGUAUGGAGCUGGAGGGUGUGGAGAUUGACGAUGGGACAUUUGCUCCACUUUUGACAUUGCUUGAUGACCCAGAUUUGCACAAAUUGACAACGCAGGUUCAUGCUAAAAUUGUGAAGCAUGGGUUGGCAUCUGAUACUACUGUGUGCAAUGCCAUAAUCACAGCGUACUCAGAGUGUGGGUCCAUUGAAGAUGCUGAAAGAGUGUUUGAUGGUGCUAUUGAGACACGAGAUCUAGUGACAUGGAAUUCUAUGCUGGCUGCUUACCUAGUAAAUAAUCAGGAAGAGGAGGCAUUUCAGCUCUUCCUUGAAAUGCAAGUGCUUGGGUUUGAACCAGACAUCUAUACAUACACUAGUGUCAUAAGUGCUGCUUUUGAAGGUUCACAUCAAGGCCAAGGAAAGUCCUUACAUGGAUUGGUAAUCAAAAGGGGAUUGGAAUUUUUGGUACCGAUCUCUAAUUCAUUGAUUGCCAUGUAUCUCAAAUCACAUAGCAAAUCCAUGGAUGAAGCAUUAAAUAUAUUUGAAUCCUUGGAAAACAAGGACCAUGUCUCUUGGAAUUCCAUUUUGACAGGAUUCUCACAAAGUGGGUUAAGUGAAGAUGCAUUGAAGUUCUUUGAGAAUAUGCGAUCUCAGUACGUAGUGAUCGAUCACUAUGCCUUUUCUGCUGUCCUUAGGUCUUGCUCGGAUUUAGCAACUCUCCAGUUGGGUCAACAAGUUCAUGUCCUAGUACUUAAAUCAGGCUUCGAGCCAAAUGGAUUCGUUGCCAGUUCAUUGAUAUUUAUGUAUUCGAAGUGUGGUGUCAUUGAAGAUGCUAGAAAAUCAUUUGAUGCAACACCAAAAGAUAGCUCAAUCGCAUGGAACUCACUCAUAUUUGGUUAUGCGCAACACGGGCGAGGCAAAAUUGCACUUGAUCUCUUCUUCUUAAUGAAAGAUAGAAGAGUGAAGCUGGAUCAUAUAACUUUUGUUGCAGUUCUAACUGCAUGCAGCCACAUUGGAUUGGUAGAAGAGGGUUGGUCUUUCCUAAAAUCUAUGGAAUCUGACUAUGGGAUUCCACCUCGGAUGGAGCAUUAUGCUUGUAUGAUUGAUCUGCUUGGGCGGGCUGGGCGUCUAGAUGAGGCAAAAGCAUUAAUUGAGGCAAUGCCAUUUGAGCCAGAUGCAAUGGUGUGGAAAACACUACUUGGUGCAUGUAGGACUUGUGGUGACAUAGAAUUGGCGAGUCAGGUGGCAAGCCAUCUAUUAGAACUAGAGCCUGAAGAGCAUUGCACUUAUGUUCUACUCUCCAGCAUGUUUGGGCAUCUCAGGAGGUGGAACGAAAAGGCUAGCAUAAAGAGGUUGAUGAAGGAGAGAGGGGUAAAAAAGGUUCCUGGCUGGAGUUGGAUAGAGGUUAAAAAUGAGGUGCGUUCCUUCAAUGCUGAGGAUCGAUCCCACCCUAAUUGUGAAGAGAUAUACCUGAGAUUAGGAGAAUUAAUGGAGGAAAUCAGGAGGUUGGAUUAUGUUGCUAAUUCAGAGGUUUUUUUGCAUGAUUUUUGAUGAUGGAUAUGGUGAUUGAAAAGAGUGAUGAUUACCCUUGGUCCUAUCAUUGGAUGGUGCUUAGUAAUGGAUGGUUUGUAACUUGCAGUCAAAGGAAGAAGUGAGAAGAUAGCUUAUGAUAUACUCCUUGUGAUAAGCUCCAUCUUGGGAAACUCAUCAUCUCUCAGUUCUGAAGUAUCCCAUCAGAAGCUGAUAAGUAUGGCAAGUACUUUACAGAUCCUACUUUGGAGAAUAAUUGACUUAUGUGGUUUUCUUUCCCAUGCUCUAUGUAAUGUUGUUGCUUCUACUUGUUUUGUACUGUAAUUUUCAUUAAUCAAUUAUCAAUUAUUUUGAUGGUGAAGCACCAUUUGUUGGAGGAAAAUAAUAUUAAUAAAGUUGAACAUAAUUAAUUGAACUCUUUCACUUAAGAAAAACAUCCCUUUGGAACCCUUCUUGGUUGACAAGCUUACUAUUAUGAGGAAAAAAACUAUCACGGGAGUGAAAUGGGAAAAAAAAUCCUUACAAGCAAACUUUGUUGGAUAUAUUGGCGAACUCCACUCUUGUUCCUUGCUUCUAUAAAUCCUAUAAUGCAAUACUUGAAAUCAAUAUCUAUCUACUGAUUUUUUAAUGAGUUUGAGAUAGUUUUGGUAAUUAUGACUAUUAAUUAACUAUUUUGACCUCUUUAUAUCAAUGGUCGCAAUGAGUGGCUGCUGCUUCCUUUUAAUGGCUAAUUGUGGCAUAAUGUUCAGAUAAUGAGCUACCUUUCUGGUUCAUCUCCUUACAUAAAAAGUGGAGCAGUGUCUGUGCUAUCUGUACUGGUAUAUAAGGAUACAGAUAUUUGUACUUCAGUACCUGAUCUGGCCCCUUCUGUUUUAGCUUUGCUGCAAGGGAAAGCUGUUGAAGUUGCAAAAGUUCUUUCUUGUGUGCUUGCAUUCAAUCUUAAAAUCGUCGACGCAACUGAUUAUAGCUUUAACUGCAACUAUUUCUUUGUCAAUGGCCUCAACUUGUGUUCAUGCUAACUAUUGGUUCAACACUAAUGUAUUUCAUUGGAGCUCAUUUCAAUUGGCAUAUAUUGGUGGUAAUAGGUAAGUUCUUUUCACUUGCUCUGUAUUAAUGUGAUCUAGAGGUAGUUUUUACAGAACAACCUUCUAUCUGAUACACUGUCAGGAGCUAUUCCAGGUAUAGUACAGCUUGUAGGUCUCUCUUCAUUCCAGAGUCCCCUAUAUGGCUGGCAAAGAUUGGCCGAGAGAAUGACUGUGAACCUUAGACGAGAAAAAGGCGAUAUUUCUCAGGAAGCAGCUGAUAUAUUUUGGGCAUUUUGAACUUCAGAUUCCAUGCAUUGCUGAAUACAAGUUAAUGCCAUGAGGCCUAAAGAUUCCAUGUAAACCAAACUCUAUGCUUUGUAAUGAAUUAGACGCCAAGUUAAUGAUUUGCAGCUAUAUAGAAAUUCUAGAAA